CGUUUGACGUCUAUUGAUUCAUAAACUUCCGUUAACCUAAAAAUUUUAUUAUGCAUCAUAUAUUUUUAUAUUUUUGUUUUUAAUCCGGUAAUUUUUUAUUGGAAACAUUGGGCGAAAUCACGUGACAAACGCUAACGGAUGUGAUUGGCUAUUUUUGUAUUGAUACGAAGUUCCUACGAACGGCCAACGGGAAAAUGUUUCUGUCACCAACGGCAGACGGCGACGUUAAACGGUAACUAUGAAUGGUCUUAUGCAUUUCAAUGCUUUUGUAACAGAAAAGGCUAAAGGAAAGUCAAGUUUAUUGGAAAUUUUUCAAGUAGAUUUCAAACCUCAAACAUCAGCUCAAACUACAUACACUUUCCAGUCGAUCUGAAAGCUUAGAGACUUUAAGUUAAACAUGAAAGGAUUCCAGAGAAUUGAGAACCUUUAUCAAUAGAAACAAAUCACAAAUGAUGUUAAUACAAUAUUAGCAACUAAAUACAGUUUUCAUUAUCUCAAGCUUUAUUUCCUUAAUUCGGUUACGAAGAAGGUGUGUAUUCGAAUUCCUUCCAACAUUGUUCCUUUCACUUUUCACUUUUUCUAUUUAUUUCUUCAGAAGCACAAGUUACAUGAUCUUUUUUGUUCUUUAUCCAUUGUUGUUUAUCUAUCUUUCUUAAACAAUUAAACUUUAAAACCCACAUAAGCACAUUAUUGUUUUCUCUCGAGUGACAAAUGACAGAUAGUCUAUUUAAUUGUGACGAGUAAAAUGCCUCAAGCUAGAACUUAAUCCAAAGAUUAAACUUUAGUUGAAUAUCAGUUUCACUUUUUAGUAGUAAAAUUGCACAUUAUUCACAAUAUUUCCAAAGACAAAAUGAUUCGCUUCCCGUAUAAGCACGCCUACCCCUGAAUCAGUACAUUUCUUAAUUUCUUUAACGUAAUAAUCAUUCGACUAUGUUAAAGUAAUGACAGUAUUUAUGUAUGUAAUUAAUUUCAAAUUUAAUAUUCAAAUUACAUUAUAAUAAUAGACCGUUAGUACUUUCUUAGCUUGAAGACUCUCUAGAUAAAAAUGUGGUCAACAAAGUAAAAAGUAAUUUGAAAAAUAUUUAAAAAGUUAGCGAACCACACACUUUUAAGACAGUGACAUAACUUCGUCACAUCGUCAGUAUUUUAUUCUCCCAAUUAAAAAUUAUUUUCCGCUACAUUCCAUCAAUUGUACAUUCUGCUAUAGACACAAUUAUUUUCAUUUAUUAAAAACAAUUUUUACAACUCCCUUAGUCUGUUUGUAUGGAACAAAUUUUUAAAUCAGUAUUAGUAGAGAUUUUAGCUUGACUUUUGCAUGCUUAAUGUAUUAAUUAACCAGUCAAUUGAAAGUCGUUAAUUAGUCUUCUGUCCGUUUGAUGGCCUCUCACAAUAAUUUCGGGAUGGUUCAAUUGGCUUAUCGAGCUGGGAGGAACCUCGCUCCUGAGCGGGAAGAAAUUUCUAGACAGGCAAUAAAAAACCUAAAUGACCUCGCCCCAGAUCUACGGCCUAUUCAGCUCCUGUUGCUAUUUUCAUACCUUCCUUGAUUUUGUAAAUCGGCCAAUAGUCUUCUUCCAAAACCCAGCAAACACCCUACUAAGCCUGUAUUUGUACCAAAUUCAAUACAAUCCCAAAUUUCGGAUGCAGGCCCGAACAGUCUAGCCAUAACGCCAUCACCAACCUUAACAGUAUCGAAGCCUGUCGAUGUCUAGAAAGGUUUUGGCACGCCGGUCUGCUGCUUCAUUUGGACUGAGUACGUAGACGAGUCUGUCUCAUCAAGAAAAAUUCGGACGAACCCACCUCUCUAGCUUAGCACAUACGUAUAAAACCUACAUCCGUUCCAUGAUGGAAUAUAGAGCAAUCACUUAUUGCACACUACCAAAUCAUCUUCCUUCUCAAAAGGCUCUUAUCCUGCUAGCAAUCCAUUCUCAGGUCCAAAUGAAAUUUAGGCCUGAAUAAUUAUUAGACGGUCUCUUUCCCAAAAUCCGUUGCAAGCGACGGCCUACGAAGAGCUCUCUGAAAGUUGCAUAAGGUGAAACUUUUUCAAAAAGUCCACCUCGUCGCUUGUCGGUGUUGUGGUUCAUUUUUUAUUCCUCACGAGGUAGUAGGGGGACACAAACACAGUGAGCGAGUAACCUUCUUCCAGAAAUCACCAAAAUCCCCGCUCUGCAGAGGAAAAUUUUUCCUAUAUCAGGUCCAAUACUGAAAUCUUAUCCAAUAUGAAAAUGUCCCUAAUCCAAAGACCGGGAGAAGAACCCAGAUGAGAAGAAGCACAUGCAUGAUAUAAAAUAACUCUGGUGAGGAAGGAGAAAAAAUCCAAACGAAGUGGCAAUAUAUAAUAAUAAUGUAGGAAAUUAAUGAUCUUUUAUAUGUAUGAAUAUAUAGUAAAAAAGAAGUUAAUAAGAAGAAAAAGAAAUAUGAUAAUAUAUCAUAAUAAAAUUUUUUUGAUAACCUCGCUUUAGAAAGUGCAUUAAAAAAUGAAAAAUAAGGACAGAAUAUAGGUCGUGGUGGAUAAGGUAAGGUAGGUAUAUACUAACGUAUGAUAUCAAAAGUUGGUAAUAACAGAGAUGAAAAACAUAAAUUUAUUAUAGCAAUACCAAAAGUGUAGACGCUACUCUGGAGCUCUAUGACUCCUCAGAAAUUGCACCCAAACGCCAUAUUUUAGCCUCCCUUAUACGCAUCUGCUCCGUCUUUUCACUUUUAACUCCGAUUAAAAUUUGGAUACAUAAAAACAGCAAUAUUCCAAUUUUUAAUUGUGAUGUUUCUGCUGGUACCUGUCCGUAAUAAAUUGCCUCGUAUAGUUACCAUAUCAUCAAUUAUUUCUUAACUUACCUUUACGUUCUUAAUGAGUAAAUCGAUAACAACAGAUCUAACUGGGUACCUAUUAUCUAUUCCGUAACUUCUGACGAAAAACGUACGUUAUCGUAAUGGGUACCACCACUUUUCCUCGUGAUAAUCGACGCCAAAUACCAUCCUUCAUCAAUGAGUAAAUCAUCAGUAGGUAACCGACGACGACGCGCUCGUAUAUAUUACCAUCGUAAAAAACACCGGUACUCAUCAAAACGUCGCGCCUUGUUACUAUUCGAAUAGUACCAUAUAACUAUUUAGUACCAAUCAUGUCCGUUCUAUCAAUAUGAUUAUCAUUAUUUGGUGUUUGAUUUUUAUUGAAUUCACUUUCGGUGCCAGUGUGCUCAAUUGCCCUCCUUCUGAGCUCAAAUUCGAAAAAGUUCUUGGCCUAAGGCCUUCUAAUUCAACAAUAUCCAGACUUUUACAUCAAUCGAAUCCAAGUAUCAUCUCAAGACCUGUUACAUCAGAAUGUAUUGCGAAAUGCCUAACUCGUGAUGAUUGCUCAAGUUUCGUUUUGUUUUACAGUGUGUCAAAAUGUUACUAUUAUAGCAGUAAUUUUAGUGUAGUGGACGAUAAGGAUCAAGUUAUUGAUGAAAAUGUAGCUUGGUUUAUCAAAAAGUGUUUAGUCACAGGUUCAUCAUGCAACAAACUAUGGGUAUUUGAUAGGAUACCAGGAGCUACUUUAAUAGGCAACGAUACUAAAACCUUACAAAGACCCAUUUCAAGAACUGAUUGUGAACAGUACUGCCUGAAUGAGACCCAAUUCCCUUGUAGAUCCACUAAAUUUACUAUUAUACAGAUUGGACCUGAUUCUUCUACAGGAAUUGAUGGAUAUCCAUAUGGACCAAAUAACUAUAAUGCAGGAGUUGAUGGAAUUUGUAUUUUAAGCAAUACUGAUAGGCAUCAACUACCUAGUUCUUUUCGAGUUUCUGAUUAUGAAGAUGAAUAUCUCGAAAAUCAAUGUUCCCCCAAUAUAGAAAACAGAAAUGAAUUCUGUGCAUAUGAAGAAUACGAAAACAUGACAUUAUCUAACAAAGAUAUGUUAUUCGAACGAAAAACUAAAGAAGAAUGCCAAAAAAUGUGCGAUAUUUUUGAACCUUUCAAUUGUCGAUCAUUUACCAUAAUUAAUGGUAAUUUGUGUUACCUACAUAGUGAAGAUACCAAAAUUUAUGGUCCAAAUUCUUUACAAGACCUUGCUGGCGCAAUAUAUUACGAAAAAGCGAAUUGUUUGAACAUAUCAGUGACAUGUAGUGAAACUUACAUGACAAUAAACUACAAACCAGAAAUAAAUUUUAAAGGUAAAAUGUAUAUGGAAGGAUUCUCAGAUAAUCCAGUUUGUUCGGCAAAUGGACAGGGUGGAUAUAAUGCCAUAUCAUUACAAAUUCCUUUAUUAACUGGACAAUGUGGUAUCAUAAAAGCAGAUGGACCAGUAAAUAGAACUUUACUCUCCGGAAAUUUGUUGCUUCAGUAUAAUUCGUACAUUCAAACACAAAAUGACAGACUAAUACGAGUUGGAUGUAUUUUUGGUAAUGAAACAAAAGUAGUCAUUGGUACUGGUGUACAUGUAUCUCCGAUGUUACCAAACAGGGGAAGCGUGAUAAUAAUUCCAGGUAAUAACGCUACCGUACCAAAUGUUAUAAUGAAAGUCGUGGACGCUCAUACUGGCGAUGAAAUAAGUGAUUCCCAAAUUGGUCAGGAUCUUCAACUACAAAUUAUACUAAACAAACCAGAUAAUUUGGAUAUUUGGGCAAGUCAUUUGAUAGCCAUGACUGAAAAAAACGAUGAAUCUAUAUUUUUAUUAGAUGACAGAGGAUGUCCAACUGAUCCCAAUAUAUUUCCAUCUUUAAGAAAAAUAAGAACUGAUGAUUAUGUAGAGCUUGUGGCAAAUUUUAAGGCUUUUAAAUUCACCAAUUCUCCCAUAAUAAGAUUUAGCGUUAUUAUACAAUUCUGUGUAGGAAUUUGCGCUCCGAUAAACUGUGGGGGAAAUAUAUUAUCCCACGGUCGACGAAAAAGACAAAUUACAAAAAUCGAAACUAUAAAUGGAACUACAGCAGUCAAAAUUAACCCGACUAAUAACAAACAAAAAUCUAGUCAGAUGUUUGAAAUGCCUCUUGAAUAUAUCAUGGUAGUAAGAGAUACCAAUAAAUAUAUAUCUGAUAGAUUGGUAAUUGGAGAUAAUAAAAUUCUAGUUGCUGGAUAUGAUUUUGCAACAAAUGAAGUAUGUCUAGAUUAUUCUUUGGUAAUCGCUUUGAUAAUAUUAUGGAUUUUGGUUCAAUUAUUUUUUAUUAUUGGUUGUAUAGUUCUAGUAAGGAGAUACAAAAGGUACUACCAGCACGAGUGCACGCGGCAAUCAUUAGAAGAACUACAUAAAAAUUUUGGAUUGGGAACCAGCAAUUUGGAUAAUAGAAGAGUUCAUUGGGCUGAUAAUGAAAAUAUUCUUUGAGAUAUGAAAAUAAACUUAAUAUUAAGAGGAAUAGACUGAUAUCAAUAUUUUAAUCAAUUCAAGUCAUAAAUUAUUUUAAAAAAUGUAUCACUAAAAAAUAUAUAAUUAUUUCAAUUGAUGUAUAAAAAAUUAGAAAUAUAUCUGGAAGUUUGUAAAUAAAAUGGAAUACAGUUUUGUAAGUAUAAUAAA